AUGUUCUGGUGGCGCCGCCACGGGGGGCCCCCCACCAGCAGCGCCCCAAGCAGCGAAGCCCCCAGCCCGGCGGGGGCCCCCGAGGGGGCCCCUGAGGGGCCCCCCGAAGAAGCCCUCGAGGGGGCCCCCCUCUGCCUCUCCCUCCCCCUCCCCUCGGGGGCCCCUGAGGGGGCCCCUGAGGGGGCCCCUGAGGGGGCCCCUGAGGGGGCCCCUGAGGGGGCCCCUGAGGGGGCCCCAGAGGGGGCCCCUGAGGGGGCCCCUGAGGGGGCCCCCGUCUGGUUUUCGCCCCGCAGCCCUUUGAGCGGGGCCUGCAGCCCCGCAGCAGCAGAAAGGGCCUCCUCCUGUGGGGCCCCGCCUCGGGAUCGGAUCCCGGGGGGCCCCCCCGUUCGGCGGCUGAGGAGCUGCGGGGCCCGGCAGGGGCCUGGGGGCCCCCAAAGAAGGUCUUUUCUCUCUGUGGAGUACCCGGGGGCCCCCAGCUGGGGCCCCCCCCACUGGGGGCCCCCCAGCUGGGGGCCCCCCGACUGGGGGCCCCCCAGCUCCCCUGCAGCUGGCUUUGCCUCCCCCCGGGGCUCCCCAGCCCCCUCGGCCUGGGGCUCUCCCCAGAGCGAAGACUACUUGAGUACAUGCAGCGAUGUGCAUGCAGCAGCUCCGGAGUUUCCCUCUGCUGCUGCUGCUGCUGCUGCUGCUGCUGCUGCUGCAGCAGAGGGCCAGGCCCGGCUGCUCUCUGCUCCCGCUGGUCUGCUUCCUCCUUCUCUGGAGACAGCCGCAAAACUUGUCAGGUCCUUUUCGCUGCCCCUUUUGGGGCCCUCGCUGGAAGCCCCGACCCCAGAGCCAGAGGGGGGCCCCUGGGGGGGCCCCUGGGGGGGCCCCUGGGGGCCCCCCCUCUGGGGCCCUGCCCUGCCGCAAGCAGCGGGGGGCCCCUGGGGGCCCCCUGAACACCCUGCAGCGGCUCUGCCUGCUGCUGCUGAAGAGGGGGGAGGGGACAUUCAGGCAGGGGCCCCCCAGGGGCCCCCUGGAGGCAGCAAUGCAGCAGCCUCUGGGGGCCCCCUGGGGGCCCCUCAGGCUGCUGAGCUGCUGCCUGAAGCCGGGGCCUCCGACAGACAGCCCUCUGCUGCAGCAGAGCUGCUGGGGUCAGUGCUGCAGCAAGUGCUGCAGAGGUGCAGCAGCGGGGGGGAGCUGGAGGCCCCCAGCAGCUGCUUCUGCAGCAGCAACCCCGACCCCAGCUUUUUGUCUUCAGCUGCGGGAGAAGAAGAGCAGCAGCAGGACCUGGCCCAUUUUGAGGCCCGAGGGCCCGCAACUGCUGCUGCUGCUGCUGCUGCUGCUGCUGCUGCUGCUGGCGCCCAGCCAGUGGAGCCCCGAGAGGCUUUAGCUGAAAGGCUCCAGCCAGAGCUGCAGUGGACCCGACAGCGAUCUGCGCCGGACGCCCCCAACGCCGCAGCAGCAGCAGCAGCAGCAGCAGCAGCAGCAGCGGCUGACUUGUACAGGAAGAAGAGAAGCCGAAGUUUGUCGCCGUCCAGCGCUGAGGCGCUGCAGCCGCGCCUGCAGGCAGCAGCAGCACAGCCACGGGAGAUCUUUUCUGAAUUUCCAGUGAGCAGCAGCAGCAAAGACUCAGCAGAGGCAGCAGCACUUGAGGCUGGCCAGAAGAUCCUUUUGGGAGAGAAUUCGGGGCCCCAGGAAAUCUCUUCUCAGACUCUCGAUGCCCCAGCAGCAGCAUCCGGCUGUGCGCAGGAAAGCAGCAGCAGCAGCAGCAGCAGCAGCAGCAGCAGCAGCAGCAGACGCGGUGGAAGCGAGGGCUGCAACAGCCGCAGCGGAAGCGGCAUCUUCAGCAGCUGCACCGUGAGCCGUAAAAGCAGCGACAGCAGCUGCAGCUGCAGCAGCUGCAGCUGCAGCAGCAGCAGCAGCAGCAGCAGCAGCGGCAGAAGCUCCUGCAGUUCAAGCAGCAGCUGCCUGAGUAGCAGGGAGAUAUCUCGGGAAGAUGAGAGUUUCUGCAGCCGACUCAGCUCCAGCAGCAGCUCCAGCAGCAGCAAAGCCAGGAGCAGCUCGCCGCUGCUGAUGGCGUUGGAGGCCUCUCAGGCCAAUGAGCUUUCACCAGAAGCCCCGCCGGACUUCCUGGAAGCAGCAGCAGAAGCAGGCGGCGCCCAGUGCAGCAGCAACGGCAACCCGCACGCCGACAGCAGCACCAGCAGCAGCAGCAGCUGCAGCAGGAGCCACGAGGAAACGGCUCCCGCGGAAGGCGAGGGGAUCAGCAGCAAAUCCAGAGAAGACAGCGGAGAAGCCAGCCCCGGCAGACAGCAGCAGGAGCCUCUUAUUCCCAGAGGCCAGUGCGCGCCGCCUGAAGCGCCGCCAGAGGAGGAAGCAGCAGAGGAGCCGCAGCAGCAGCAGCAGCAGCAGCAGCAGCAGCAGCAGCAGACUUGCAUUCUUGAGGAGAGCAGCAGCUCUGGGCAGGCCGAGCCGGGCCUCAGGCGCAGCAAAGGACAGCCAGAAAGUUCGCAAAUGCACUUUGGGGAAGAAGAGAAGGCCUCGGAAGCAACAGAGCCAAAGGCGCAGCCCGGCAGCCGCCGGCGCUGCACAGCGGCCUCUGCAGGCGCGGCCACGCCGCCUGCGGACUCGAGUUUUUGCGGGCUUUCCAUUCCAGCUGAAGUCUCGAAAGAAAGUCUUUUCAGAGGAAAAGCAGAAAGGGAAUUUGCAGAACCCAAAGAGCAGCGGGAAGCGCCAGCCGAACAGCCGGCCGGCGCUGCAGGAGGCUUCCAUGAUAAACUUGCUGAUCAGCAGCCUCUGGCGGCUGGAGUGAUCCUCCUGGCCCCUCGCGAGCAGCGAGAAGCGGCGGCGAAGCCGGAGGAAAAGGGGGUCAUAGCGAAGCUGCUGGAGCACUUGUACCAGCAUCGGGGGGCCUACGGCCCUGCAGCGAAGCCACGAGGCAAAGAGGAAUCCGCAACAACUGCGGAGGGAGAGGCCGACGCAGCUGCGCUCGAAGACACGCAGCCCCUCAGUGAAGCCUCCAGUGUGGGGGGACUGAGGCUGCCUGCAGCCUCCAGCCAGCAGCGCCGCAGCUUCUCCGCCGAUCUUCAACAGGAGGCUCCGCUGCAAAGCCAGCAGCAGCACCGCUGCUUUGAUCGCGCAGCAAACGAAACCGAAACUGACUUGGCAGCAGAAACUCACAGCAGCACCGCACCCGACAGCGGCGUAGGCCGCCAGGAGAGCGCCACGCCCAUUGAAAGCCCACGAUUGCAGCUAGAAAAAACAGAUCAGCAGGCCCCAUUCGUGCACUCUCUCGCAGGCUCUGUUGGACACCCUCCAGAAUGUCAGAUGAGCCAAUACGACAGGAAUUCAAGUCCUCCGAUGAUUCCCGUUGCUGCGGCUCCCUCGUUCUGGACCUCUCUCGGAUCUGCUGCAGAGAGCAGCGAGGCAACUGGAAAUUUCCAGGAUGCGUCGGAAGAUGCGGAAAUAGAGCCUAAAAAGCCUGAUCACCAGGUUUCAGUUGCACAUUCUCGUGAACGAUCUGCUGC